CGAAAAUCCCCCUUUCCGCUGCCGGAACAAUAACAGCGUUUCCACGUGCGUUGCAUUUUCUGCGUCAUUGGCCUAUCUCAUGAACCCUGUAUCCCUGGCUCUCACAAACCACCCCGCACCAACUCGUAACAGUGGCACCGCGGAUCCCUGGAUUGCAAUGCAAGAUCUCCAACCUGAUCUUUUCUCGUCGUGCCCAUCCAAUCUUCGUGUCAGAGCUCUUCACGCCUGUACCUAUGCCGAGCCUCCCUCCCUGUUGGCAGUCCCCGCCACAACAAGAUGGACGUUUUUCUCAGGCCCCUUUCCCUGUAGGAGACGGCCUACCUUGAUAGACUGAGGCGGUGUGGGUUUGCCACAGUUCACAUACAUACAAAAUACUCCAAGUGCGUGGCGUGUUUCUUCGGCGCUAGCUCAUCUCUAGAGCCGACGAUUUAUGAUCUAUCUUCACGACAAAUAGCUUUGAUUGAUACGCGGCAUCAAUGUCGAGCAAAUAUUUUCUCAGCCUUGCGGCUUUGUCGGUCUUGGGCAAUGCUGCUGUGACCGGCUCCCGCAGUUUCAGCUCCAGCGCCCUGAGCUUAAGGGAAGUUGGUGCCCGUAACACAGAGGACUGGAGGAUAUGGCUCGAAAAAGACGGUGAUCCCAUUUCCUUCUGGCAUGAUGUGCCAGUUUGGCCGGAUGAGAGCAACAAGCAAGUGGUGAAUCUUGUCGUCGAAGUACCCAGGUGGCAGGACGGCAAAAUUGAACUCAAGAGAAGCGAGCCAUUGAAUCCUAUUGUUCAUGACUCCUUGAAUGGCGCUCCCAGAUACGUGGAGAAUGUGUGGCCACACAAAUCGUAUCCUUUCAUCUACGGGUCUAUUCCGCAAACAUGGGAAAGUCCGAAUUAUAACCACUCUUUUACUAGCCUGCUAGGCGAUAACGACCCUGUAGACCUCUUCGACAUCGGUCAGGACCGUGGUUACGUCGGUCAGGUGAAACAAGUUAAGAUUCUUGGUGGCCUUGCCUUGGCUGAUGGUAACGAAACGGAUUGGAAAAUUCUUGGCAUCGACGUCAAGGAUCCCAUGGCGUCCAUUAUCAACUCUUUCGAAGAUGUCGAAAAGUAUCGCCCUGGGACCAUCAAGACAUUCCGAGACUGGUGGACUCACUACAAGGUAGCCCGUGGCGAUCCAGUCAUCAACAUCAUCGGUGACUGGUAUCAGAAUGUCACCUAUAUGCAAACCGUCGUUGAGGAAAGCCACAGGACCUGGGCAGAGUUGAUCAGAGGGGAGGUCGACUCCAAUGAGAUCAAUUACAAUCAGACAUCCCAGCCGGAUGUUGAAAAUAGCUUUGUAGACAAAGCAACGACAACUGCGAAGUUCCAUAUCCCAGCAAAGAGCAGAAUCGAGCCUGCUGCCCCGAGGCCGGAAAAGGCUGAUGGCUGGUAUUACCUGGAUAGCGACGCCAACUUGAUCAAUGUCCCUCAGACACAAGAAACCUUUCUCAACAGGCAACAGGCAUAGCGUCUUCUUUGAACAGGAAUUAAUUUUCUUCGAAGUGGAUGGGACAUAAUCAGUGUCUGCCUUUCUUUCAGCGUCAUCGUCAUACUUGGUGGGUUCAUUGUUUCGUCAAACAGGUAGAAAUAACGAGUAAUGAAAUGAGAGAGAGCACAAACACCUUGCCAGUUCUUCAUUUACAGAGUGUGCAACUUUCUUUUUGUUCUUCCGACACUUUUCAUGAGAUCCGGCUCUCUGACUCGCACCUUCCUCCGUGGAGUCUUCAAGCCCGAAGACCCACAAAAUCCCGCAGCCCUACGGAGGUGCGUCUCAAUAGUCCUUGCAGUUGCUGCCAAGACCAACCCCUGCCAUAGACAGGGGAGUCGAUAAG